GCGCAUCUCGCUGGCGAACUAGUACUUUAAUAGAUCUUCUGCAAAGUUAAAGAAAUUCCUUAGUAAUUAGUUAAUUUGCAGAAUUUUUCUGCAAAUUUAUUCAGAAGCUCAAGAAUUUAGCUUAAGCUUGAUAAGAUUAAACUAAAUCAUUUUUAUAAUUUAAGUGCUGCAUCCGGAACCAAGUUCCGAAUAAACGACAAAUAUUGAUCUGGCUCAUAGCACGUGUAACAUCGAAGUAUAAUUUUAUACUAAAUAUAUUUUUUUAUUAUAAAGAAAUGUUUAUCUUUAUAUUUUAAUAAAGGUGCACCUAAUUUGAUAAUAACUUUGCGAAAUGGGAAAGGCGUCAAAAGACAGACGUGAUAUUUUUUACCGAUUAGCCAAGGAACAAGGAUGGCGGGCCAGAAGUGCCUUCAAGUUACUACAGGCAGAUGAAACAUUUAAUUUAUUGGAGGGUUUAACACGUGCGGUUGAUUUGUGUGCUGCACCUGGCGGUUGGUCACAGGUUCUAUCCAAGCGUAUGUACGAACCGCGAUCAGAAAAAGACCGAGAGCAAGUAAAGAUAAUUGCAGUGGAUAUGCAGGGUAUGGCACCAAUUGAUGGUGUUACGCAGUUGCGUGCCGACAUUACAAAGGAGUCAACUGCAGAGGAAAUUAUUAACUUUUUUGAUGGAAAAAAGGCGGAGCUGGUAGUCAGUGAUGGGGCUCCCGAUGUCACCGGGUUGCACGAUUGGGAUGCCUACAUGCAGGCAGAUCUAUUAUUGUCAGCCCUAAGCAUUGCGACUUAUAUUCUCGAAGAGGGCGGGUCGUUUAUGGGCAAAGUGUAUCGAGCAGCAAACACCAGCAACGUUUAUUUACAGCUUCAGCGUUUUUUUAAGGACGUAUGCCUCUUCAAGCCAUCCGCUUCGCGUAGUUCAAGCAUCGAAGCGUUUGUGGUAUGUCGACAAUUCUGUAUGCCUGAAGGUCAUGUUCCAUGCAAUCUGAGAAUGGAGUGGUUCGACAAGCCUGAAGAGGCAUUAAAAGACAUUUCGGGAAAAACGGAAAGAACCGUCGUGCAUUUGCCAUUUGUGGCGCACGAAUGUGAAUAUGAUGCGGAUCUCAGCUACGAGAUUGACGCCAAUUAUAUACCACAAGAAGCUGUGCAAAAGCCACUAACUGCCGCCUACCAGGAAGUGCUGGAAAAAACAAAAACUAUGUCCCUUAAAUACAACUCUUACGUUGUUUACCACGAUGAGGAGUUAGGCAUUAAGCGUUAUCAGUCCAUUUCUGAUUUUAAGAACGAAAAGAUUGGCGCCUGUGUGAAGCCCUGUUUGGUCUUUAAUGGCCCCAAAUGGGCGCAAACGGAGGAGCUACGUCGUUUGCGAAAUUUUUUUAUAGACAUGUUUCAACGAGAAAAGGUUGAAUCCAUACGUCUACAAGGCGUGGAGCACGUAAUUAGCUUUACGGUCAAUGAUGAUAUGAGUAUCUUGAUGCGUUCAUAUAAGAUAUUACUAAAGAAAUCUGGUCAAAAGACCCCGCGCAUCGAGUUGGAAGAAAUUGGACCGUCGGCCGAUUUUUCAAUUCGUCGCACGAAGAUUGCUUCCGAAGAUCUAUAUAAGCUGGCCAGGAAGCAGCCCAAGCAGCUAAGGGUUACCAAAAAGAAGAACCUCAGCACCGACGCGCUGGGUAAUACAAAGGGACGUGUCCAUUUGGGUAAGCAACAGACGGGCUCAAUACAAACACGUCGCGUGAAAGCGCUGAAGAAGUCCCCCGAGGAAAAGCGCGCUGACCGCCAGAAAAAGAAAGUAGCACUAAAAGCUGCCGCAGUUGAGGCUUUGUCAGCAACUGAAUGAUUUACAAAAAGUUGUUUUAGAUUUUAGUUAGUUAUAAUUGCAAUAAAUUGGUCCAGCUUAAAAUAA